GAGCCAGCGGAGAAGCUGUUCCAAAAGUAGCCCUGAUGGCGGCGGAUCGGAUGCAGCCGGAGCUGCCGCGGGAGUAGCGGCGAGUCUGAGUAUCUCCCUGGAUCCCCCGCUCCACCCACCGAUCUCAAUCGGUCUCCUCCCCACCCCCAGCUCCGCUCCCUGCUGCUGUGCCCAUCGCUGGGCGGCUCCUCGGAGAAAGGGCGGGGGGGGCGGCAUUUUAAAAAGCAAAACAAGCCCCCACUCCUUUAAUUUCAUUAUUUGUUCCGUCUCCGUGACUGGGGCGGGGGGAGAUCGAUCUUCGAUCAGGAAGAUGGCUGCUAGCUGGCUGCUAGUCUUUAGUCUGACACUUUUCCAGUCCCUGGUGAUGAACCUGUCCUCGGAAGGACCCUUCCCCUCUGCCACAACAAUAAAGUCAUGGGUGGAUAAAAUGCAAGUCGAUCUUGUAACGUUGGCAAGAAGCGCAAGUGGGGUGGACGAGCUUGCCAAGAUUUAUACGAAAUACAGCGAUCUGUAUACGGUGGAAGCCAACAAUGCACGUGACUUGGUGGAAAUUGCAGCUAGCAAUAUUGAAAAACUACUGAGUAACAGAUCAAAAGCCCUGGUGAACCUUGCAAAAGAAGCAGAGACAUUUCAAGCAGCACAUCAGUGGAGGGAUGAGUUUGGGAAUAAUGAAAUCAUCUAUUACAAUGCAAAAGAUGAUCAGAACGAUUCUGAAAAGAAUGAGACUGAAACUGGAAGCCAGAAAAUCAGACCAGUGUUUGAAGAUGAUGCUGUUUUUGGGCGACAAAUAUCUUACCAGCAUGCAGCAGUCCACAUACCAACAGAUAUCUAUGAAGGCUCUACAAUAGUGUUAAAUGAACUCAACUGGACUGGAGCAUUGGAUGAGGUAUUCAAAAAGAACAGAGAAGAAGACCCAACUUUGUUAUGGCAGGUUUUUGGCAGUGCGACUGGCCUCGCCAGGUAUUAUCCAGCCUCUCCAUGGGUAGAUAAAAGCCGAACUCCAAACAAGAUAGAUCUAUAUGAUGUUCGCAGAAGACCAUGGUACAUCCAAGGAGCUGCAUCUCCAAAAGACAUGCUUAUUUUAGUUGAUGCGAGUGGGAGUGUUAGUGGACUGACGCUGAAGUUGAUCCGAACCUCCGUCAUUGAGAUGCUAGAAACAUUGUCAGAUGAUGAUUUCGUGAAUGUAGUUUCAUUUAACAAUAAUGCGCAGAACGUCAGUUGCUUUAAUCAUCUUGUCCAAGCUAAUGUGAGGAACAAGAAGAAACUGAAAGAGGCAGUCUACAAAAUCUCAGCUAAAGGAAUCACUGACUACAAGAAAGGCUUUAUCUAUGCUUUUCAACAGCUGCAAAAUCACAGUGGCUCUAGAGCUAAUUGCAAUAAGAUCAUUAUGUUGUUUACUGAUGGUGGUGAAGAAAGAGCACAAGAGAUUUUCAACACAUACAACAAAGACAAAAAAGUACGUGUAUUCACAUUUUCAGUUGGUCAACAUAAUUAUGACAAAGGACCCAUACAAUGGAUGGCCUGCCAAAAUAAAGGUUACUAUUAUGAAAUCCCUUCCAUUGGAGCGAUAAGAAUAAACACACAGGAAUAUUUGGACGUUUUGGGGAGACCGAUGGUUUUAGCUGGAGAUAAAGCAAAACAAGUCCAGUGGACCAAUGUGUAUUUGGAUGCACUGGAACUGGGCCUUGUCAUUACCGGGACUCUGCCUGUCUUUAAUCGAACAGUAGACCAACAAGGGAACAAGAACCAGCUGAUUCUUGGAGUUAUGGGAGUUGAUGUCUCUUUGGAGGACAUAAAAAAACUGACACCACGGUUUACAUUGUGCCCAAAUGGUUACUAUUUUGCAAUUGACCCUAAUGGUUAUGUUUUGCUUCAUCCAGAUCUUAAACCAAAGAAUCGUAAAUCUCAGGAGCCUGUUACACUGGAUUUUCUGGAUGCUGAGCUAGAAAAUGAUAUUAAGGUUGAGAUUCGGAAAAAAAUGAUAGAUGGAGAAAGUGGGGAAAGAACAUUUAAAACAUUGGUCAAGUCUCAAGAUGAGAGGUAUAUUGACAAAGGAAAUCGAACGUAUACAUGGACCGCUGUGAAUGGCACAGAUUACAGUUUGGCCUUGGUAUUACCAUCUUACAGCUUUUACUACAUUAAAGCCAAAAUAGAAGAACCAAUAACUCAGGCCAGAUUCAAAAAGGAUUCAGAAACUCUAAAGAUUGAUCACUUUGAUGAAGCUGGCUAUACCUUUAUAGCACCAAGAGAAUACUGUAAUGAUGUAAAAGUAUCAGUCAACAACACUGAAUUUCUUUUAAAUUUCAAUGAGUUUAUUGAUCGAAAUACCCCAAACAGCCCUUCAUGUAAUACUGAUAUGGUCAUUAGAGUUUUGCUGGAUGCAGGAUUUACAAAUGAACUAGUUCAGAAUUAUUGGAGUAAACAAUCUCUCAAUGGAGUUGUUGCACAAUUUGUGGUUACGGAUGGUGGAAUCACUAGGGUUUACCCUAAAAGGGCAGGAGAUGAUUGGACAGAAAAUCCUGAAACUUAUGAAGUCAGUUUCUAUAAACGGAGCUUGGAUAAUGACAACUAUAUCUUCACAGCUCCAUACUACAACAAAAGUGAUGCCAGUAGCUAUGAAACAGGCAUUAUGGUGAGCAAGGCUGUGGAAAUAACCAUUGGUGGAAAACUUCUUAAACCCGCAGUUGUUGGAAUAAAAAUUGAUGCAAUCAGCUGGAUGGAAAAUUUCACCAAAACCACAACCAAGAGCCUGUGCAACAGUGAACUUUGUGGCUGUGAAAGAAACAGUAUGCACCUGGAUUGUGUUGUUCUUGAUGACGGUGGAUUUCUUUUGAUGUCAAAUCAGGAUGAAUAUACCCAACAGAUUGGACGAUUCUUUGGUGAGAUUGACCCUGACCUGAUGCGAAACCUCAUUAACAUGUCCUUGUAUGCCUUUAACAAGUCUUACGACUAUCAAUCUGUGUGUGAUCCCGAAGAAGAACCAAAGCAAGGAGCUGGUCUUCGUUCUGUAUACGUGCCUACAGUAGCAGAUAUUUUGCAUGUCGGAUGGUGGGCCUCUGCAGCCGCCUGGUCUAUCUUGCAACAGCUGUUUUUGGGCCUGACUUUUCCACGUUUCCUCGAGGCAGCGGAAGCAGAAGAUGACGAUUACGCUACUAUCCUAUCCAAACAGAGCUGCAUUACUGAACAAACUCAGUAUUUCUUUGAAAAUGAUGAUAAAUCCUUUGGUGGGAUCGUAGAUUGUAUAAACUGUUCCAGACUUUAUCAUGCAGAAAAGCUUUCACACACCAAUCUAGUAUUUAUAAUUAGUGACAGCCAACGGAUGUGCCGCUCCUGUGACCCAAAGCCAUUGAUGCAAGCAGAAAAGCCGGAUGAAGGGCCAAACCCUUGUGAAAUGGUGAAGCAGCCCAGAUACAGAAAGGGGCCUGAUGUCUGCUUUGAUAACGACAAGGGGGAAGAUUCGUCAGACUGUGGUGGGGUCUCUGGACUGAGCCCAUCACUCUGGUCUCUGAUAGGAAUCCAGUUUGUCCUGCUUUGGCUGUUAUCUGGCAGCAGACAUUGCCAGUUAUGACCCCGUGAAACCAAAACCUGCAUAACUAAUCAAGACCCUGCCAAAACGUUAGCCCUCAGUUUCAUUGUCAAAGGGUCAGCUAUUCAGGCAGCAGAAGAACAGCAAUGCCCAUAACUUGGUAUCAGUCUAUGUGAACGAUUUAUAAAGGCACCCACAGUGGCUGCAUGUUGGAGUGUCAGAUCGUUAAACAUGUGUGAAUGCUGCAUCAUCUCUGCCAUCAGAACAGAAUUCUAUAUGUGCUUUAUUGAGGAAUCUAAGAUUUUUGUGUUCAUUGUUGUAUCGUUGAUGACUUCAUGUAAAAGGGCUCCCCUUAAAAUAGCGUAUGUAUGAUAUGAUUUCCAUUUAUUUUGAUCUUAGCAUUGAAUUUGUUGCAGACCCUAUAUGCUUUUACAUGAACACUUGUGAAAUCACAUUUCUUUAACCCUCCUCUUUUAUUGUAUUAAUACCAUUACAGCUGCUUUGAACAUCAGUUGUGUCCAGAAUAUAAAUAGUUGGCAGACUUCAGUUUGCACAAAACAGCUUAGUGAAUUGAAAAUAUUGGCUAGUCUUCUCCAGAAGUUCACCAUGACUGAAAUGCCUUACAAUGAGUGGUUUAUUCUGCCAAAAUUAAUCAAAACAGGUGGCUAGCUAAGUUUUGGUAGGUUCAUAAACUGUUGGUUUUAAAAUAAAAUAAAACAAAAAAGCAAGAAAGAAGCUAAUGAAUUUUGAAAUAUAAAGGUGUUUGACAGUUUGAUAUUUUAUCUAACCGAGUGAUUUUCCUCCUGAACUCAGUGUCAUGUCCCUUUCAGAAAGCUGUUAAUUUCCAUGUAAUGAUCAGUGCUCUCUUCACAGUGCAGUUACGUAACGCUAGCCAAAUCCUUCAAAAUGCUCAAACGAAAAAGCUUGUGAAUACAAAAUGUCUUUGUGAUUAUUGAACGUUGGUUUCCAAGGGUAUUUUGCAUGAUGAUGCUGCUACUUUAUUGUUUUUAAGUUUGUUUUCUUGAAUGGUAGAGUAUAGUCCAUUGAAAAGGUAACUGAGUGAUUCUUUUGUUGUGUGAGAAACUGAACACUGCAAUGUGAUGCAAUUAAAUAAUCUUAAAGUAUAUUGUUAAACAGAGCUCUGAAUAUACUGUGCAAUGACAAAGCUAAGAAAGUAGCGUAAAUUUCGUUGGCCGGACAAAAGGGAUGAGAUGGAUUUUAUACAGAUUAGUGCUCUCACAUGAAAACCUAUGUACAGAUAUUUUAAGUAUAUAAAAAUCAGAUUUGACACAUUUAUUUUUGAAGAGUAUAUGUUGUUCUGAGAUUCAUGCCAGGUUCCCCUUUUGUUUUCAUGACACGGUAGCACCCCUUAAUGUUUAAACUCCUACUAUUGCUAUUUUAUAUUGAAUAUAGCAAGCUUAGUAGAGCAAGAUUUCCUGGCUGCUGAAAUUAGAACGAAAUCUGAACAAAUGGGGAGCCUUGAAUCUAUAUGUAUGCACAUUGAUACUUGAUUGUGAAUAACAAUAAAAGCAAUUGUUUUAUACAAACUUGUUGGUGAUACAAAUUGGUGCAGUAAAUUAUAAUAUUACACUGUAGAAUAGUGUACAUGCAAAAUAUGAUUUGCGCUUUUUUCUAGUUUUCAGAACUAAACAGUAUUGCAAGACAGCUAAACCAAUGAAUGUGCAACUCUGCUGACAUUGUGCAAUUCUGCUAACAGCUGCAAUAUGCUAAUAUUUACAUGGUACAAUACAUUUGUUCUUUAAAAAAUGAAAAUGCAAAGCGUUGGUAUGUAUAUGCUGGCAAAUGACUACUAUAAUCUUGAACAUGUCAAAAGCUUACAGAAAUAUUAGGCAUGCCUCAAUAUGCCAUGAAAAUUGAAGAAGCCACUCAAACCUAUGGCAUGGCUUACAAGAUGAAAUGACUACAUGUAGCUGUGCCUAUGAUUGGUGGUUGUUUUUUUCAUAUUACCCUUGGUUCCAGCUGUGUAUGUUCCCAUGUUUAGGAUUACAGUGCUGGGGAAAAUAAAAAAAACCUAUUAUUUAAUUAUCACAAUUAACUGUUUAAUAUCUCUAAGAAAUUCAGUUGAUUAAAAGUACAAUUAACUGAGUUGGGUGUAUCCAGUUCUCUAGUGAAAAGGAGCUGAUUUCAGCAGCAGGGGGUGAGGAUAAGUGGGGAAUUUUCCCCGCCAGUAGUGUUGCUGGUAGGGCUGUCAAGCGAUUAAAAAAAUUAAUCACGAUUAAUCACAUGAUAAAAAAAAUUAAUUGUGAUUAAUUGCACUGCUAAUUAUAGAAUAGGAUUUAUUGA